ACUCGCAACGGCUGUGCUUUUCAUCGCUGUGGAAGUGCAUAUCAAGAAAAUUAUUUCAGCAUUUUCGCAAUAUUCCGUGCAUUUCUGCACAACUGCAUAACAUUGCUGUGAAUUUCGGUCAAGUGGAAAGUUGUGUUCUUUUCGUGGAAAUUUUGAAAAAUUUUGACCGUUCUUAUUUCCCGCUGUUGGCGCGGCUCGAGAAAACGGCCAACACAUCAAGUGGAGCUCUGGUGAAGGCAAAAAGGCCCCCAACGCGACGCGAGAGUCACGCCAAAUGGACAAAGGAGAAGUGUUUGUGUAGUUUUGCACUCUCGAAAGUCCAACUCACAAAAACGGCAAAAGAGUGUUCAUUUUGAUCAACACUUUUUAACGGUACAACCAAAGAGUAGUCGCAAAGUGAUGCCGUCAUUGUGCUCCAACCGCACGGUUUUAGUAUCAAUUUGUGGCCUUUAAGACGAGCUCAAUACAGGCAAUUUCAGUGUGUCUUGUGCGACGAUACCGUGCGAUAUCCCACUUCUGACUACAAACGCCUCAGUGGAAUUUUACCACCUUACUCGCAUCUUAGGUGCACUAGGCGCAAUGUUUGCAAGAAUGUGAAUCAAGGCGGAAAAUUGUGAGCAGUCCGAAAAAUUUCCAUUCCACCACUGCCAAACGUUUGAACGAGAGAAGAUUUUUUUUUUGGGUGAAAAUCACGCCGAACCCCGUGUGCACACGAGUGUGAUUGUAAAAGGUGAAUAAAUUAGCGUGUCACUGUGUCUCAAGAGUGCGGAGAGAGAGAAAAAAAAGCAGAAGAAGAGGAAAAUCUUUCGUGAUUUCAUGUUCUUGUGAACUUUUAUGUGAUUCACUCAUACAUUCGUCAUCACAUAAGGCUCUUUUCUACACACUCCCCCUCCCCAGGCCAGCAUUUUCAUCAUCCUCCAGCAUUGCUGAAAGCGCCACUUUCCCGUGUGUGUGAAUUGUGGUUUAGUUUAACCACCCAAAACAGUUAUUCAGAAAUACACUAUAUAAUUUCGCAUAUAUAGUGAAAUAUAUUUUGUAAAAGUGAACGCUUCGUGUGCGGAAAACCUUCACGACAGUCGCCGAAACAAUGGAUACAAAAAUGUUCGCUAAAUUCCUGAUAAACCUUAUCAUGUUAGCAGGCUCCCUGACGCUGGCCCAGCGAGUGGACGUGACACCACAGCAAGUCAUUGCACGCGUGGGUGAACCUGCAUCGAUUCUGUGUCGUGCCGGACGACAGAUUCAGUACUGUCGCAUUGAGAUUGUGGGCGAGAGGGUGCUCAACUUGGCCCCGAAUUGGAAGCAACCGCCUGGCUUCACGUACAACGGCGAAGGUCUGCAAGCGGGUCAGUGCGGCGUGACAAUUGAGCGCGUCAAGACGACCAACCACGGACCCGUGAGAUGCUUCUUGGGCGUCGAAGGGGACGAAAUCAGUGGAUAUGCCAAUCUGAUUGUCGCCCUGGAGCCACAGCGCCCGCAGCUGGAAAUCCUGUCGCAGGGCGUCAACGGUGCCUUCGAAGUGGACACGGAGUUCCAGGCCAAGUGCAUCUCGCACGACGGACGGCCACCGUCCAACAUCACGUGGUAUCUGGACGACGAGCCACUCUUCGAUGGGCUCACAAUGCCCGAGGUGGUGGAGACGCAUGAUCGCAACAAUGCCACCCUGUACACCGUUGUUCAGGGCAUCCAACGCUUCAUUCGCGUCGACGACGAUCGGCGCAACCUCAUCUGCCGUGCCAAUCACUUCUCCUACCCUCAAGGCUACCUCGACUCCAGGAUACAACUCCUCGUGAGAUACCGACCUCAGCCACUUCCCCUCGUCAAGCUCUAUGGACUCAUUCUGGGCAGCACGGGCACUGUGAACGUGACCAUCCGGGCCAAUCCUCGGCCCAUCACCGAGUGGCAUGUGGCGGGAAUGCAAAUCCCGCAGGGCACCAGGAACGGCCGAUAUGAAGCCUAUGAACCGCAGGAUCUCGGACGUGGUGAAUUCAAUGUGGCCCUCAGUAUUGCCGGUCUCACGCUCGAGGACACGACAAAGGACUACCUCCUGAGAGCCAGCAAUGAUUUCGGCGCGCAGGAUUACCAAGUGCGAAUCAGCUCCUCCGAGGCCGCUCCCGCGGCUGGACUGGGUGUCGGACCAAUAAUUGGAAUUGUUGUUGGAGUGCUCGUUAUCCUCAUCAUCGUUGGCUUGAUUGUCGUGGCACGUGCAACAGGACGUUGGUGUUUCUCAGGUUCACUUAACACUGACAUUGGUCCUGAUUCUGAGGCCCAAAUUGCUCCAUCGCAUCACGAUGAAGUCGACGACGAGGGAAAGCACCAUCCAGAUGCAGCUGAGGUCGAAGAACACGACCAUGAUAAGACAAGAAAUGGAAAUCCCGUUGAGAGCAAAACCAACACUUCAGUCUGAUUUGCAAAGAAAGAAAAAAAGAAACAGAAGAGAAAAAGGCAACCACAUUUAGCAUAUUCUGGAGAAACUCGAUAAGAAGUGACGCUAUAAUCUCUUAUAUUGAAAAUUAAUUCCAUCCAAAUUGAUGAAUUUUUGCGUAGUUCGUGUUCAAUGAUGUUCUUUUUUUUGUAGCAAUGCUAAGCAUCGAAAAUGUUAGUCUCUAAUUUGCCUUUCUUUUGUGUACAACAAUUCGUGUGUGUAAAAAAAAAUGCGAAGAACGAGUCCAUAAUUUCUCUUUCGUAGAAGAGGAAAAAAAUAAGUAGGUAAAAAUGAUUAAUUUGUACUAAGGUAGUAAUCGCUUUUGAGAGCAAAAAGAGACCAUAAAUAAUUUCCCAAAUGAAUCUCUUCCACCAACUAUUAAACUCUUCAAUUCUAAUCACAAUAAGUGAUUUAUGAAAGAUUUCAAUAUUUUCUAAUAACUUUUUAGUGUGCGAGACGUGAAAGGAAAAAUGUACAAUUUUUGAUAAUAUUAUAAAAUUAUUUCUCGUGAUCUUGGACCAUAUUUUUUUUCUAUAAUAAAUAUAAGGAAUAUAUUACAUGUAAUUUGUAGCGAUAGUUUUAAACGAAAAAAAAGCAUUUCUUUUAUUCAUGUAAAGAAUAGAGCAGUUCUCUUGUAAACGAUGGAAUCUCAUUUUGAAUAUUCUCACUUCUAUACUCUAAUGGACAAUGACAUAUUGUGAAAUGAAAUGUAGGGAAAAUAAACAAUUAAAAGACAAGAAA